AUGCUAUCAGCAUUAUCGCUUUCACGACACCGUAACAGCCUUCUAUUGAGCGGUUUGGCCACCUCAAUGGAAUCGGCUAGCUUCAGUAAGCACGUUCGUUUUGCGGAGAUGGAAAGAAGCAAUAACAGCAAUAAUACUUCAUUGAAUAAUUCUAAGAUAUCACAACUAUCACGACACAACUCAAAAGCACCAAAACGUCCACCACGGCCAAAACGAAUGGAAUAUUUAUAUCAUUUUGACGGCCCUCAUAAUGAUGUUGACUCUGCUGUCAGCAACAAACAUCCGCAUGAAACCCAAUCGUCCUCUCCUUUAAGAAAGUCGUUCUCCUCUCAACCAUCAUCGUUACCGUAUUCAAAAAAUCCGAAUCAACAGCAGUAUGAGGUGGAGAAUGACGAGAAUUCUGCUGAUACUGUUCUACUCAAAGCACCACGACAAACUGAAUUUGCCGGUGAUACCAACGAAGAUGAUGAGAAUGACGCAAAUGAAGACGAACAGGCAAGUUGA